GCGACCGCCAUGUCGACGCCAAACGCGGACGCCGCCGCUCAGCUCCUUUACCCUCCGAAUGUUCAAUUCAACGCCUCGCGGACAUAUACCAUCAAAUUCAUCUCUGCUUGCUUUGCCGGUGCUGUGGCUGGAACCCUCGGGCUUGAAUCAUGGCUGGGCUUUGGACUCUUCGUGCUCUCGACCCUGUUCACUUCAGCCUGCUUGUACGUGAAGUGCAAGGCGAAACCCGCAAGGUUCAUGCCAGGGGGCUUUUGGGAGCUUGUGAACCCGGGCCAAGAGAACAUGUUCUCGUUCUUGCUGGUCUGGACAUUAUUUUACGGU